AUGGUGAACAUUACGGAAAAGAUCAAGGAGAUUGAGGAGGAGAUGAGGAAAACCCAGAAGAACAAGGCAACUGAAUAUCAUUUGGGUCUCUUGAAGGGAAAGCUCGCUCGUCUCCGCGCUCAACUACUCGAGCCAGGACCGGGCUCGGGCGGCGGUCCAGGUGCCGGUUUCGACGUCAGCAAAAGUGGUGAUGCUCGUAUAGCACUGGUCGGCUUCCCGUCAGUCGGUAAAUCGACGUUCUUAUCCAAGGUCACCAAGACCAAGUCCGAAGUCGCCUCAUACGCUUUCACGACCCUGACAGCCAUUCCCGGUGUGCUCGAAUAUGGCGGUGCCGAAAUCCAGCUGCUCGAUCUGCCCGGUAUCAUCGAGGGUGCUUCCGAGGGCAAGGGUAGAGGAAGACAGGUCAUUUCCGCCGCCAAGACAAGCGAUCUGAUUCUUAUGGUUUUGGACGCCACAAAACGUGCUGAGCAGAGGGCCCUCCUCGAGGCCGAGUUGGAGGCUGUAGGCAUCAGACUCAACCGGGAGCCACCAAACAUCUACCUCAAACCCAAAAAGGCCGGCGGCAUGAAGAUCACCUUCCAGACGCCGCCCAAGAAUGGACUGGACGAGAAAAUGGUGAUGAACAUCCUGCGCGACUACAAGAUCCUCAACUGCGAAGUCCUGGUGCGCGACGAGAACGUGACGGUCGACGACUUCAUCGACGUGAUCAUGAAGGACCACCGCAAGUACAUCAAGUGCCUGUACGUCUACAACAAGAUCGACAGCGUGUCCCUGGACUUCCUCGACAAGCUUGCGCGUGAGCCGUACACGUGCGUCAUGAGUUGCGAGCUCGACCUGGGAAUUCAGGACGUCAUCGACCGCUGCUGGAAGGAGCUCAAGUUGAUCCGCAUCUACACCAAGCGCAAGGGCACCGACCCAGACUUUAGCGAAGCUCUGAUCGUCAGAAGUAAUAGCACCAUCGAGGACGUGUGCGACCGCAUCCACAGGACGCUCAAAGAGACCUUCAAGUACGCCCUGGUCUGGGGCGCCAGCGCUAGGCAUAUCCCCCAGAGGGUGGGGUUGGGUCAUCCGGUGGCGGAUGAGGAUGUCGUGUAUAUAGUCAGUGGGUGGAAGGCUUAG